AUGUCUACAGCCACGGUUAUGCAGCGGGUCGUCCUCGCGCUGACCAACUUCAAGUCGCCCAUUCUGCGCACCAUCGUGCCGUGCGGCAUCGCCGCCGUCGCGCUGCAGGCCUUUGCCGCCGCGCCGUCCGUCGCCGCCCGCUCCGAGCUCUUCUUUGACGUCUCGGGCUCCCUCACGUAUCUCGCCGUCGGCGCGCUGAGCCUGUACCUGCCGGCGCUGCGCGCGCGCGCGCUCGCCGCCGCCCAGGGCGUGGCGCAAAGCGCCCUGCCGAAGCUGCCCAGCAUCACGCAGCUCGCGGCCUCGGCGUGGAGCAAGGGCGAAGCCGCCGGGACGGCGGCGGGCGGACGCAACUGGCGACAGCUGGUUCUCGUGGGCCUCACCAUGGUGUGGGCCACUCGAUUGGGAUCGUAUCUCUUCUCGCGUGUCAUGGGCGAUGGCCACGACUCGCGCUUCGACAAGAUCCGCGACAAGCCUGUGCGCUUCGCGAGCGUCUUCAUGAUCCAGGCUAUCUGGGUCACCAUCCCAAUGCUGCCUGUGCUGGCCCUCGGCGCCCUGCCCGCGGCCACCCUGGCCACGGCCCUGCCGAGCGUCUUGGCAACCGACGUCCUGGGGCUGUCCAUCUGGGGCAUGGGCUUCUUUUUUGAGGCGGUCGCCGACUACCAAAAGAGCCAGUGGGUGAAGCAGAAGAAGCGCAAGGAGCAUGACGAGGACUUUUUGACAAGAGGCCUCUUCAGCGUCAGCCGCUUCCCCCACUACUUUGGCGAAAUCUCCAUGUGGACGGGCAUCGCCAUCACCGCCGCCGGCGUCCUCGCCCGCAAGCCCAUUCAGCUCGGGCUCGGGUGGACGGGCCCCAUGGGCAUCCUGGCCACGACGGCGUUGUGCGGCCUCAGCCCGCUGUUCAGCUGGUUCGUGGUGACGCGCGUGUCGGGCAUUCCGCUGAGCCAAAAGAAGUACGACGAGCGCUACGGCAAGCGCAAGGACUACCAGAAGUGGCGCAGCGAGACACCGCAGCUGAUUCCGAAGCUAUGGUAA